AUGGAGAAGUCGAAGGAUAUCCUCAAGAACUCGUACCUGGAAGAGGAUGAAGAUGAGAUUAUUGAGCUCUCUCAUGUAGACAACUCUCACCUCUUAGCCAGAUUCAGCAGAAGUCUUGUGGGUCGGAUGUUUAACCAAGAAAUCAGGAGCACUGAAGCUCUUAUUGCUUUUAUGCCAAGACAAAACAUUUGGGAUGUGGAAGGGAGAGUUCAUGGCAUAGAUCUGGGCAACUCCAGGUUUCAAUUUGACUUUGAUUCUGAAGCAGAUCUGCAAAAAGUUCUGAACAAAAGGCCUUGCCACUUCAACAAGUGGUCCUUCUCACUUGAGCGCUGGAUCCCUCAUGUAGGAGAAACUUUUCCAAGCAAUAUGACCUUUUGGAUUAGAGUUUCAGGCAUCCCAACUCACUUCUGGCUGGAGGAGAACUUCAGAACCAUUGGGAAAACGCUUGGAGAGGUGGUGGUGGUUGAUGCUAGAGCAGCCAGGGUUCAAGUUUCUAUCAAUGCCGAUGAACCUCUUAAGUUCAAGGCCCGAGCCAGACUGCAAACUGGUGAAGUUGUUAAGGUGGACUUGAAGUAUGAGAGAUUGGAUCGAUGGUGCCUUACGUGCAAACACAUAUCCCAUGAUGAGAAAACUUUUCCUCUACUGACUGAAGAACAAAGAAGAGAAAAGAUGUUAGAAAGGGAAGCUGAAAGAAACCUGCAACAAGUCGCUCGAGAAGAUCAAACCAGAGACACGGAUAUCCUCCAUCUUCGUCGCCAAGCCGGGCAAAUCUCGGUUCCUCUCCGUGAGAGAGCUCCUAUCUCCUAUUGGUCAAGAAAGGUUCUAUGCUUUAGGGCUUGA